AUGACCCUCACCUACUCCGAUGCGAUGGUCCCGUACUUCGGGCUGUACGCCUUCACGAUGUGCUGGGAUCCAGACAUGUUCUGGGGUCCUAACGGCCUCGGCCAGCUUCCCUACUUCUCCAAAGAACUCGGCGACUCCACCACCGCAGGCGGCUUCUUCGCCCGCAUGGUCGGCCUCGGCUUCUUGACUAUGUUCCUCGGCAAGACCCGCUUCGGCGUCUCCGAUGACGCGUGGAUGAAGACCACCGUAACCUUCCACGUCGGCUCCCUCUGGUGGUUCUAUAAACUCACCACCGCAGCCGGCUGGACAACCUGGGUUUGGCAGCUUCAGUGCCUUCUUAAUGUCGUGUUUGCCGCCUGGGGCGUUCAGUCCAUGGGCGGCCUUGACAAACUCCUCAAGCAGGACUGA